AACAGAGUGAUUGCAAAGAAUUUUGAAAUUGAAAUUUUUGGCGCGAAUGAGCUUUCUGGAUUAUCCUAUCCACGUGUCAUGGCGCAGGAAACUUAACCUGAAAGCUCACGCGUCAACAGUCAAAAGUCGCCAACAAGAUAAGAUUUUUGUCGGAUUUUUCCAAGUGGAAAAUAGAAAAUUAAAUGGUGUUUUAAUGGGAAAAUGGGUGGCCAAAAGUUCGAAUAUGAUGAGAGCGGAAGUACAUUUUUCUACUUUGUGCUCUCAUUUCUCGGUCUAAUUCUUAUUCCAUGCACUUUCUACUAUUGGCCACGGAAGAAACGCGAAGAUCCGGAUGUCGUCAAGGAGCAAUGCCAGUGUCCGCAGUGCAUUAAAAAGCGUGCCCUACUGCAGAAUUCCGAGCCCUACAGGCGCCUCAAAUCGCUCCUUAUCAAGUUGGUCCUCAUCGGAGGCUGGGCACUGCUCAUCUUCCUCGCCUACAAAGUCUCCCAGUUUGACUAUGAAAUGUCCAAUUUUGACCCAUAUGAGAUCCUCGGGGUACCCCUGGGUUCGUCUCAGAGUGAAAUCAAACGAGCCUACCAUCAGUUGUCGCGUGUCUUGCAUCCGGAUAAGAAAACGGGAGAUGAGAAAGCUUUUAUGAUGCUCACAAAAGCCUAUCAAGCUCUGACAGAUGACGAGGCGCGGAAGAAUUGGGAAAGAUAUGGGAAUCCCGAUGGACCUGGAGCAAUGUCCUUCGGGAUUGCCCUUCCAGCGUGGAUUGUUGAGAAGGAGAAUAGCAUUUGGGUUUUGGGACUCUAUGCUCUCAUCUUCAUGAUUGCACUUCCAACUGCGGUCGGUAUGUGGUGGUACCAUUCUAUUCGAUUUAGCAGCGAUAAAGUCCUCCUGGAUACAACGCAGAUGUACUUCUACUUCUUCCAUAAGACACCACACAUGGCACUGAAGCGUGUCAUUAUGAUCCUGGCAGCGAGUCUUGAGUACGACAAACGACACAAUUCGCAAGUUGUGGAAAGGCAGUCGGACAACGAGGAAGUGCCUCUGCUUAUACGUCAACUGCCAAAUCUCAAUGAGAAAUGCAAAGAGAUGCCUCUGUGUCGGAUGUACUCCAUAAAGGCACGAGCCAUCCUGCAUGCCCAUCUGAGCCGUAUUCCCCUGAAUCCCGACACCCUUGAUCGCGAUCGGCAGUUCAUUGUGAAGAAAUGCCCCUACCUCAUCCAGGAAAUGGUGUCGUGCGUCAAUCAGCUCAUCAUGUUGGCCUAUGCAAAGCGAAUAUCUCGACUACCGACAAUUGAAACAAUCGAAAACUGCAUGAAGCUCUCUCCGAUGAUCGUUCAGGGGCUAUGGGAAUUCAAGAGCCCCCUGCUGCAGCUACCUUACCUCACGGAGGAUCAUUUGAGGUACUUUGCAACGAAAAAGCGCCACAUAAAGAACCUCCAGCAGUUUGCGCAGCUACCCGCGGACGAGAGUCGGGCCAUCCUCAAAAAUCUCAGUGAUUUUGAGUAUGAUACUCUCAUGAAAGUUCUAGGAAAAAUGCCUCUCAUUGAUUUUAGUUUCCGCUGCGAAGUGAUUGACGACGAGCAUACCAAUGUUGUGACUGCGGGAGCAAUCGUGACUGUAACUGUGACGCUGGAACGGAAGAAUAUGCGAGAGUUGUUUGGUGACACGAAUGCUGCAGAAAAGCCAAGCAUUAGGGAAGAAGAGGAAGAUCAGGAGAACGGUGAGGGUAAUACCGAAGGUCAGAAUCAGGCGAAAAGACCCAUUUGGGCGAAACAAGGAAAGAAAGGUCACAAAGGAGGGAAGAACAAAUACAAAGGUGGCAAUGUUAAACACAAAGUCACGCCAAAUCCAUCCAAUGCACCCAAGGUGGAGGAGAAGCAGCCGGUUGUCCAGAAGAAGCAAAAGUCAACCGAUGGCGCAGAAAGCGAUGUGGAGAGUGGCCUGGAGAGUGAUGAGGAGAAAUUCUCAUCUGACGAUGAGAAGAAAACAGCUGAGGAUGAUGAUUUUGAGUGGGAGAAAUUCCAGCAGAAGCUCAAUAAGCGCGAAAAGCUCGAGGGCAAAUCGAAGCUUUCGCACGGUGUGCACGCACCCUACUUCCCCGAGGAUAAGCAGGAAUACUGGUGGACGUACAUUUGCGACAGGAAGUCACGUACCCUCCUCACAGCACCCUACCACGUGACCAAUCUUGUGGAUCGCGAGGAGGUUCAGCUCAAGUUCACAGCACCCCGCUGGCCAGCGCUCUACACGUUCACCGUGUGCCUGCGCUCGGAUUCGUACAUGGGCAUGGAUCAGCAGCUGGACAUGAAGCUGGAUGUGAAGGAGGCCACGGCUAUUCCCACGGUGGAGGCUCAGUGGGAGAUAAGUGAGUCGGAAUCAGAUCCCAAUCUUCAGGGAAGCGAGUAUACCACCGACACAUCCGAAGAGGAGGAGGAUGAUUGAUAAGGGAACGUUGUGAGAUGAUAUACUGUCUUUUUUGCAUUUUAUGUGCAGUGAAAAUAGUUUUCAAAAUAAAAAUUAACACUAAAA